GUUCGCGUUCGUGGUCGUUCGUUCGUUCGUUCGUUCGUUCGUUCGUCCGUGCGUGCGUGUCGCCCGCGUUGCUGGUGUGCGCGCACGUCCGCGCCGUUGCUCGUCUCUGGCUGGAUGUUGUUGGGAGACGCGGAAGGUUUCGUCGCUGCUGAUCACUGGCACGCGGACUCUUGCUGAAAGAUCUCUGGUGGCCCUCCUUCAGGACGGACCUUUCCGGCAACGGACCCUUCUGCAGCGUGCACGUUGGAACCAUGAGCUCGGUGGCUGUGCUGACCCAGGAGAGCUUCGCUGAGCACCGCAGUGGACUCCGGGACGAGGAGAUCACAGGGGGCGCUCCCGAGGACGAAGCCUACAUCCCCACCUACCUGGAGGCCUUCCCCCCCCUCCCGGAAAAGGGGCCUCCUGGGGAGAAGGGUGGCGAACUGACGGGGGCUUGGAGUAAAAUCCGGCCCAUCAAGGCCUCCGUCAUCACGCAGGUGUUUCACGUGCCUUUGGAGGAGCGGCGCUACAGGGACAACGGGCAGUUCGGCGAGGGCGAGGAGGCCAAGGUCUGUCUGGACAUCAUGCAGCGGACGGGAGCGCAUAUCGAGUUGUCGCUGGCCAAGGACCAGGGCCUCUCCAUUAUGGUCACAGGCAAGCUGGACUCGGUCAUGAAGGCGCGCAAGGAGAUUGUGGCACGGCUGCAGACCCAGGCCUCGGCCACCGUUGCCAUCCCCAAGGAGCACCACCGCUUCGUCAUCGGGAAGAACGGAGAGAAGCUGCAGGAGCUCGAGCUGAAGACGGCCACCAAGAUCGCCAUCCCGCGGCCGGAGGACCCCAGCGCCAACAUCCGCAUCACUGGCACGAAGGAGGGCAUCGAGAAGGCGCGCCACGAGAUCCUGCUCAUCUCUGCGGAGCAGGAUAAGCGGGCGGUGGAGCGCAUCUCCCUGGAGAAGGCAUUCCACCCGUUCGUCGCCGGUGCCUACAACCGUCUGGUGCAGGAGAUGAGCCAGGAGACGGGCGCUCGAAUCAGCAUCCCGCCGCCCAGCCUGGCCAAGGACGAGAUAGUCAUCACGGGCGAGAAGGAGGCUGUGGCCCUGGCCAUCGCUCGCAUCCGCUCCGUCUAUGAGGAGAAGAAGCGAAAGACCACAACGAUCUCGGUGGAGGUGAAGAAAUCGCAGCACAAAUACAUAGUCGGGCCCAAGGGGAACACGCUGCAGGAGAUCAUGGAGAGCACAGGCGUGUCCGUGGAGAUGCCGCCGCUGGAUUCUGACUCGGAGACGAUCAUCCUGAGGGGGGAGCCUGACAAACUGGGCUCCGCCCUUACGCAGGUGUACGCCAAGGCCAAGAGUGUGACGGUGGUGGAGGUGAUGGCUCCUGCCUGGCUGCAUCGCUUCAUCAUCGGGAAGAAAGGUCAAAACAUCGGCCGUAUCACGCAGCAGCUGCCCAAGGUGCACAUUGAGUUCACCGAUGGGGAGGAGAAGAUCAGCCUGGAGGGUCCCACGGAGGAAGUGGAGCAGGCACAGGCCCAGAUCCAAGAAAUCAUCAAGGACCUGCUGGUGAAAAUGGACUACACCGAAGUGAACAUUGAGCAGCGCUUCCACCGACAUCUCAUUGGCAAGAAUGGGGCGAACAUUAACCGGAUAAAGGAGCAGUACAAGGUGUCGGUGCGGAUCCCCCAGGACACCGAGCGCAGCGGUUUGGUGCGCAUCGAGGGGGACCCCCAGGGUGUGCAGCUGGCCCGCAAAGAGCUCAUGGAGAUGGCCCAGCGCAUGGAGAACGAACGCACCAAGGACCUGAUCGUGGAGCAGAAAUUCCACCGAACCAUCAUUGGCCAGAAAGGAGAGAAGAUCAAAGAAGUGCGGGACAAGUUCCCGGAGGUCAUCAUUAACUUCCCAGACCCGUCCCAGAAGAGCGAUAUCGUGCAGCUGCGUGGGCCCAAGAACGAGGUGGAGAAGUGCGCCAAGUUCCUUCAGAAGCUCAUAGCAGACUUGAUUGAGAACAGCUACUCCAUCUCAGUUCCGAUCUUCAAGCAGUUCCACAAGAACAUCAUCGGCAAAGGGGGGGCGAACAUCAAGAAGAUCCGUGAGGAAACGAACACCAAAAUCGACCUGCCGACAGAAAACAGCGACUCGGAGAUGAUCGUCAUCACGGGCCGGAAGGGGAACUGCGAGGCGGCGCGCGACCGCAUCCUGGCCAUCCAGAAGGAGCUGGCAAACAUCAAGGAGACAGAGGUGACCAUCCCAGCCAAGCUGCAUAACUCCCUGAUUGGCUCCAAGGGCUGCCUGGUGCGCUCCGUCAUGGAGGAGUGCGGUGGAGUCCACAUCCACUUCCCAUCCGAGGGCUCCGGUUCGGACCGCGUCACCAUCCGCGGCCCGGCGGGAGAGGUGGAGCGCGCCCGCAGACAGCUGCUGCAACUGGCUGAGGAGAAGCAAAUCAACAACUUCACCGCAGAGCUGCAGGCCAAGCCAGAGUACCACAAGUUCCUGAUUGGCCGCGGCGGCGCCAACAUCCGGCGCGUGAGGGACCGCACGGGGGCGCGCAUCAUCUUCCCCUCCCCGGACGACCCCGAGCAGGAGCUCAUUACCAUCGUGGGCCGAGAGGAGGCGGUACGGCUGGCCCAGAAGGAGCUGGAGACCCUCGUCAGAAACCUGGACGACGUGGUAGAGGACAGCAUGGUGGUGGAUCCACGGCACCACCGUCACUUUGUGUGCCGCCGCGGACAGGUGUUGCGCGAGCUGGCGGAAGAGUACGGGGGCGUGGCUGUGAGCUUCCCACGCACGGGCACACACAGCGACCGCGUCACCCUCAAGGGGGCCAAAGAGUGUGUGGAGGCAGCCAAGAGGCGCAUCCAGGAGAUCAUUGAGGACCUGGAGGCGCAGGUCACAGUGGAGGUCAUCGUCCCACAGCGGUACCACCGCGCGGUCAUGGGCCCCAAGGGCUCACGCAUCCAGCAGAUCACGCGGGACUGCGAGGUCCAGAUCAAGUUUCCCGAGAGGGACGAGUCCGCAGGGACGGACCCCCCGGCGCACGAGAACGGGGACGCGGGUCCAGAAGCGGAGUUUGUCCCACGGAAGAAUGACAUCAUCACCAUCUCGGGGCGCUCUGAGAAGUGCGAGAUGGCACGGGCAGCGCUGCUGGCUCUGGUCCCGGUUACUGUGGACGUGGAAGUUCCCUACGAUCUCCAUCGCUACAUCAUCGGGCAGAAAGGAAGCGGCAUCCGCAAGAUGAUGGAAGGAUACGAGGUGAACAUCUGGGUGCCGCAGCCGGAGCAGCAGUCGGACGUGAUUAAGGUCACUGGCCAGGUGGCCAAUGUGGAGCGGGCGCACGCAGCUCUGCUUGAGAGGGUCAAGGAGCUGCAGGCGGAGCAGGAGGACCGGGCGCUGCGAAGCUUCAGGCUCACCAUGUCUGUGCACCCCAAAUAUCACCCCAAGAUCAUCGGCCGCAAAGGGGCCGUCAUCUCCCAGAUCCGCAAGGACCAUGAUGUCAACGUGCAGUUCCCCGACAAGGGUGACGAGCAGCAGGACCUCAUCACCAUCUCAGGGUACGAGCACAAUGUGGAGGAGGCCCGCGCGGCCAUCGAGAAGCUGGUCUCAGCCCUGGAGGAGAUGAUCAGCGAGGACGUGAAGCUGGAUCACCGAGUUCACGCCCGCAUCAUCGGCGCCCGCGGCAAAGCCGUCCGCAAGCUCAUGGAGGAGUUCAAGGUGGACAUCCGGUUCCCACAGCCCGGUUCUGAAGAUCCGGACCGGGUCACGGUAACGGGACUCCCGGAGAAUGUGGACAAUGCCAUCGAUCACCUGCUCAACCUGGAGGAGGAAUAUAUGAUGAGCGUGACGGAGACGGAGACGAUGGCUGCGUACAUGAAGCCGCCGUCCAGGGCUGGGGGGGCAGACGAGGACGGCAGGGUGCCUGUCAAGGGCUUUGUGGUUCGAGACGCCCCCUGGAGCGCCGCAGGCAACAAGGCCCCUGACAUGAGCAGUGCCGAGGACUUCCCCACCUUCGGCAUGGGCGUGGCGCCGAAGCAGACGUCCGCCUGGGGGCCCAAGAAGUUCUGAAUGGAGGAAGAGGGGAGAGAAGCAGGGAAGAAGAAGAGCUCACAAGUGCUCCUGGUCGCCCUUCCCCCCAGGGCCCCCCUCUUCUGCACUCCCCCCAUUGUUCUCUCAGCUGUUACACUGAGCCCCCCAACACACACACACACACACACACACACACACACACACACACACAGGAGGCAAAAGUGACAGAGAACAUGUCCCUCCUGCUGGCUGUACUCCCUACCACCCCCCACCCCCUUGAACAGUCCAACCCACUCCCUCCUUGCACCCUUGGCUCCUGUUAAAUGUGAAGUGAGCAAAUUUGGCCCGAAAAGGCAUUUGAGGAUGUGGCCCGGGGCUUCUUUGGAGGGGGAGGGGCCAAGACCACAGCUGUGACGCUUUCCGGAACAUUUCCAGGGAGGAGAUCCGAGGUGCAAAGGUCGUCUGCACCGGAAGAAGACAUAGUGCGGUUUUAUUUAUUUGCUUUUAUUUAUUUCCGUUUGGAGGCAGAAGUAGAGGCUCCAGCUGUGUUUUUGUGACGUUUCUGUUGAGUCGUGCAGUUGGCGAUCGGUACGUUCCUAGACGACCACGUCUCCUUCGCCCGUUUAUUUAUGUAUUUAUUCUUUCCUGAACUGGACUUUCUGUUCCAGAACGUGAUGAUCGAACACGAAGCUUAAUGGCAACUUCUUGAUUGCAGAAGAGAGUCGGCUGUUACAUUGAAGCGCUUGCUAUUUUUUUAAUGCAGGGUUUUCUGUUUUGAACGAAUUGAAUCUCAAUCCUUGUGUGUGUGUGUGUGUGUGUGUGUGUG